CUCUCAUCUGAUCUCAAAGCAGAUACGCGAUGCUUACAUUCCGACAGCCAUAGAUAUGAGAAAAACAUAAUCUAUAAUAAUUCAUGUACGGGAGACAAAUGUAUGGCAUCCCUGUCAUAAGAGGCGGAGGGAUACACAAACCGGCGAAGCCAUUGAGCAUCUCGUUUUUCUAAAUAUAGACAAAGUUUUAUUUAACAUGGUAAGAGAGAUAAAUUUCGAGGCAUGUUUGUCUUUGGUGGAAAAGGUGAGAUUGUGGUUGCAACUGUUGGGAAAAGGUGCAAAGAUUUGUGAAAUCUUUCUUUCCUGUGCGCUUUUCUCUUCAUCUUGGCAUCUGUGUUUGAUGGCUUCUGUUAAUAAAUGAAAGAGCACAAAAAGGAGAACCAAAAGAAAGUCAUAACAAGUAGGCAGUCUUCAUACGGAUUCUUAAAACUGAAUAUUGGUUGACUCAGCCACCCAAAAUCUUCACCUUUAAAUUCUCCCCCCAGCCCUUGGCUCCUCCAUACCACUUCUUUUACUCUUUUUGCAUACAAACGUGAAAGAAAACCAGCUUAAUCACCUUUCUUUCCUCAACUUUCCAACUGAAAAAAUAAAUGAGAUAUCCACCUGUGAGUAUCCUCAAGCAAACCAAUAUGCUUUUCGUAAGAAGCUUCUUGGUUCUGUUCCUGAGCUGCAUGACCAUAACAAUAAACCUUUGUUUUUCCAGCAACCCUUCUUCGCUGAGAACCCUCUCCGUUGACGGGCAUUUCAGCUUUGAUGAAGUUCACCACGCAGCCAAAGACUUCGGCAAUAGGUUUCAGCUACUCCCUUUGGCAGUACUAUAUCCAAAGUCAGUUUCUGAUAUUGCCACUACUAUAAGGCAUAUUUGGCAGAUGGGUCCUGAUUCAGAGCUGACAGUUGCAGCUAGAGGCCACAGCCACUCACUCCAGGGUCAGGCACAAGCCCACCAAGGAGUUGUAAUCAAUAUGGAAUCACUCCAAGUUCAUAAAAUGCAUGUUUACAGUGGAAACUAUCCAUAUGUGGAUGCCUCUGGCGGUGAGUUGUGGAUAGAUAUCCUGCGUGAAUGCCUCAAGUAUGGGUUAGCACCAAAAUCAUGGACAGACUACUUACAUUUAACUGUAGGCGGUACCUUGUCUAAUGCUGGGGUUAGUGGGCAGGCGUUUCGGCAUGGCCCUCAGAUCAGUAAUGUCAAUCAGCUGGAAGUUGUUACAGGAAAGGGAGAAGUAUUAAAUUGCUCGGAGAAGCAGAAUAGUGACCUAUUUCACGGCGUUCUUGGAGGGCUUGGUCAGUUUGGCAUCAUAACACGGGCAAGAAUAUCCUUGGAACCAGCACCUGAUAAGGUGAAAUGGAUUAGAGUUCUCUACUCGGACUUUACGACAUUUGCCACAGACCAAGAGCGUUUAAUAGGUGCAGAAAGCACAUUCGACUACAUUGAAGGAUUUGUGAUAAUUAACAGGACUUCUCUCCUGAACAACUGGAGAUCAUCUUUCGAUCCUCAAGACCCAGUUCAAGCUAGCCAGUUUCAAUCGGAUGGAAGAACUCUAUACUGCUUAGAAUUGGCCAAAUACUUCAACCGAGACAGGAUAGAUGCACUAAAUGAGGAAGUUGGGAAUUUGUUGUCUCAACUAAGAUACAUGGCAUCAACGCUUUUCCUAACAGAAGUUUCAUACUUGGAAUUCUUGGAUAGAGUUCAUGUGUCUGAGGUCAAGCUACGGUCUAAGGGCUUGUGGGAAGUUCCGCAUCCAUGGCUCAAUCUUCUUAUCCCCAAAACCAAAAUAAACGAUUUUGCGGAUGAAGUCUUUGGCAACAUCCUAACAGACACGAGCAAUGGUCCAAUCCUUAUCUACCCAGUUAACAAAUCAAAAUGGGACAACAGAACUUCUGCUGUUCUUCCAGAGGAAGAUAUUUUCUACUUAGUGGCUUUCCUUAACUCUGCAAUGCCCUCAUCCAUGGGAACUGAUGGCUUAGAACAUAUCUUAACUCAGAAUAAAAGAAUUCUAGAAUUUUGUGAAACAGCACGCCUUGGGAUGAAGCAAUAUCUGCCCCACUACAAUACACAGGGAGAAUGGAGAGCCCACUUUGGCCCACGAUGGGAAGUUUUUGCCCAGAGAAAAUCUACUUACGACCCCCUGGCAAUACUUGCUCCUGGCCAGAGAAUAUUUCAAAAGGGAAUAUCUUUCUCAUGACACUAGCCAUAUACUUAUCUUAAAAGAAAAAAAAAACCCUUGUAGCAUGUGAGGGGGAUGCCUUAACCCAAGUAAAUAGAUAACUAUCAUGGUCUCCUGUCUUCUCAUAUACAGCAAGUGUAACUAGAAGGGUGCAGGGGCUAGUUGAAUUUUUUUCCCAUCAAACAAGCCAAACAUUUCCAAUAUGAACUAUUAUUUAUAGUAAAAGGCACUGAAAACAGUAGCCGUAGACAAAAUGUACAUAGUAAUCAUUUUGCAAUUAAGUGUCGGUUAUUCC